AUGGGGACUGGUCAUGGCAGUCCCACUGUCGCCGGUGGUCAGGCAAUUGCAUACGGUCCCACCGGGUACAAAGGGAUAAUCAAAGAACCUCGCAUAUUCGGGCUAGCAUGCUUCGCCUCAAUAGGUGGGUUUCUGUUUGGGUAUGACCAAGGCGUGAUAUCUGGUGUGCUUGUCAUGAGCAGCUUUGUGAGUCAUUGUCUUGUGCAUUUGAUAUCAUAUCAUAUAAAACGUCUCCAAUCCUGUGUUAACACCUGUGUCCCGACCCAGGCAGAGCAUUUUCCAACCCUGACCGAGAACGCAACCCUACAAGGAUGGCUCGUUUCAAUCAUGACCUUAGGUGCAAUGUGUGGGGCUUUUGCAAAUGGUCCCAUCAGCGAUAGCCUGUCACGCCGAUGGUCGAUCUUAUGUGCCAACAUCGUCUUCCUGAUCGGCUCCGUCAUCCAAUGUGCAGCAGAAAACGUGGCGAUGUUGUUCGUUGGUCGCUUCGUAUUUGGCUGCGCAGUUGGGAUGUUGGCGAUGGUUGUCCCUCUCUAUCUUUCCGAGAUUGCGCCCCCAAAUAUCAGAGGCGCAUUGGUGGCCUUGCAACAGCUCUCGAUCACGCUAGGUAUUAUGAGCAGCUUUUGGAUCAAUUAUGGAACACAAUACAUCGGUGGUACCGGUGCGGGACAAAGCCAGGCUGCUUGGAGAAUCCCUUUCGCCUUGCAAUGCUUACCUUCAGCUAUCCUUGCGAUCGGUACCUUCUUCCUUCCCUACAGCCCCCGCCGAGAAGAGGAAGCAAAGCAGGUCUUAGUCCGCCUAAGACGGCUUCCUGCUACUGACUACAGACUCACGCUUGAAUUUCUCGAGAUAAAGGCUGCGCGGGUGUUCGAUGAGGAGAGUAGGCUGGCAAAGUAUGGCGACAACUGCUCACGGUUCCAUAUUGCCUGGAAUCAAUAUAAGGAGCUCUUCACGGUACCUCACCUACGGAGGCGUACAACAAUAGCAUGUCUACUCCAGAUUCUCCAACAAUUCACGGGCAUAAACGCGGUUAUAUAUUAUGCCCCACAAUUCUUCGAGGCCAUCGGCUUGAGAGGUAACUCGGUGAAUCUGCUCGCGACUGGAGUCGUAGGCAUUGUAUUCUUCAUCUGCACCAUCCCAGCAGUUAUGUACUUGGACCAGUGGGGCCGGCGGAAAACCCUGAUCCUGGGAUCUAUCGGGAUGUCGAUCGCCGAGCUGAUCGUGGCGACCUUGUAUGCGGUUUACCAAGACCGGUUUUCCGAGCACCCAGCUGCCGGCUGGGCCGCUUGUGUUUUUGUCUGGGUCUAUAUCGGAACAUUUGCGUUCAGCAUUGCCUGUGUGAACUGGGUGAUGCCAUCGGAAAUGUUCCCCCCGGCGACGCGCGGUAAAGCUGUUGGAGUGGCGAUUGCCGCCAACUAUCUCUCAAAUUUCAUCGUGGCGCUGAUCACACCGAGGAUGCUCCAAUCUAUCACCUUCGGCACGUUCUACUUCUUCUUGGUGUUUUCUAUCACGCUCGGAGUAUGGACUUACUUCUGUGUUCCCGAGACGAAUGGUGUUCCAAUUGAGGAAAUGGAUACAUUGUUUGGUGGCAAUGAGGGUGAAGCGGACCUACAGCGGAUUGCGAGUAUUAGGGCGAGGCUAGGAUUCGAAACUUCGGAAGACGGAAAGAUGGUGCUGGAAGAAACCAAACACGACAGUGUAGAACAUUGCGAACGCGUAGACUAG